AUGUGGCUCUUGAAGACACAACAGAAAAAUAGGAUGGCCCUCGUUAUGAAUCUCUUACUUCUUUCAUUCUUGGUAGCCUCGGUUCGUACGGUGCCUCUCAGAUCCUUCAAGAUAGGUGAAAAUGUAACAUAUGAUUGCAUAGAUAUUUACAAGCAAUCAGGACUUGAUCAUCUCUUGCUCAAAAAACACACGAUCCAGAUGAAACCGUCAGUUUCACGGAUUGAAUUAAAGAGUCAAAUUGGCAACAAGAAGAAAGAAAAAGAUCAAUGUCCAGAUGGAACCGUUCCUGUAUUGAGAAAUACAAAAGAAUUUAUCACUAACGCUCAAUUUUUCGCCAAAAAAUAUAUCCAUCCGCUAACAACCGAUAGCCCCGGAACACAUAUUGCAGGAGUAAGGUCAUUUAAUGGUCCAUAUCGUGGUGUUGAAGCUUUGUUUGAUGGAUAUAACCUCAACGUCGGAAAAAAUCAAGCCUCAUAUAAUCAUAUAUAUUUAGGGAGUGGAGUGAAUAACGAGGUCGAUUUUAUCUCAACCGGAUUGAUGGUAGAUAAAUCCAAGCUUGUUUGGAGACGGACGUACUUUGUCAUAUGGAUUUUGGAAGUAUCGCAAGUGAUUCCCAUAGUCAAACCCCAUGAUCUUACUCCAGGGCAGCCUUUUUGGUUACAUCCUGCCAUCCAUCAGGACAAAAAUACUGGAAACUGGUGGAUUACACUUGUGGAUGGAGAUACACCCAACAUAAAUACACCCAACAUAGAUGUUGGAUAUUGGCCGAAAGAGUUAUUUAAUUUUUUAAACAAUGGUGCAAAUAUGGUUGGAGUAAGAGGUAUGGUUCAAACUUCGCCAUCUGGUUCAAGCCCUCCAAUGGGUAAUGGUAAAUUUCCAACAGGCAGCGCAAUGUCACCAAAGGACCGCGCGAGUUCAGCAAUAUUUUCAAAUAUACAAGUGUUGAAUUCUAACUUUGAACCAAGUAAAAUCGAUUCUUCUCAUAUAGAGAAUGUGGUAGAUAGUACAAAUUGCUACGUGCUAAGAACAGGUAAAGUACCACUAUUUCACCGUACUUAUCUUGGGUAUUUUUUCAAUUAUGGUGGUCUAGGAGGAAAUUCUUGUGGAGUUUGA